GGAAGCUCCGCCCCUCCGGUUUCUUCCAUCCUCGUUUAUUUCCGGUCACUUUCACUUCAUCGCAGUCGGUGUUUUCACGAACUCAGAAACUUCGUAAAACUUUUAUUUUUCUGGUGUUAUCAACCGUAAACAUGGCGCAGAUAAACAGCUGCCUUAAACGCAUCUUCAUCGGUUUUAACCUCCUCUUUGCGAUCAUCGGCGUGAUCCUGAUCUCCCUCGCCAUGCUGUCCCAAAUCGUCACCAGCGACGAACAAGGACCGGUUGUGGAGAACCGAACCACCGGACUGGUGGUCCUGUACGUGGUCGGGGCUGGGACCGUGCUGAUCGCCCUGCUGGGGGCCUCCGGAGCGUACAGGGAGCACAAAGUGUCUCUGAUUGUGUUCCUGGUUCUGAUGAUCAUCGCGGCUCUGCUGAUGAUCCGAGCCGGGGUCCCGUCAGCCAUCCUUCGCCCGCAGCUGGAGGAGAUUCUGGAGGACCGGUUCCGCAGCCUCCUGCCUCUGAACGAGGCGCCGCCUGAUGUCAAGAGCCUGGCUGAUAAACUGCAGCUGCAGCUGCACUGCUGCGGCUUGUUCAGCUCCGACGACUGGAGAAACCAGUUCCCCGACUCGUGCUUGUGCCCGCCGAUGGAGGAGGAGGAAUACGAGUGCAAGAGGGUCUUGUACGAGCAAUUUCAGUUCUUUAGUCAAGUGGAGUCGAGGUCCAUCUACAGUCGGCCCUGCUUCCCCAUCAUCAUGUACUACAGCCUGCUGGGCGCCAACAUCGUCAUCGGAUUCUUCUUCACUCUGGCGUCUCUGGCCGUUCUCGGGAUGAUUCUGUCCUCCAUCAUGAUCCACCAGCUGCGUCACCCCGAGAGAACCACCGUCCUGUUCACCGUCCCCACCAUCUUCACCCCCAACCUCCCCAAGUACCAGGAGCUGCACAACACUCCCCCGAAGUACGAGGAGCUGCAGAGCCCCCCUCCUGCGUACUGAAGGAGCUGUGCCGACUUCCUGUCGUACAGGAAGUGGUGCUCGUUGUGUUUUUGAAUGUUUGGUUUGAGGACUGCUUCCAAAAGUGCCUUCUGAGAACUGCAGGGUUUUAUUUUCUGCUGCCGCUAAAACUUUAGAUUUAAAGACGUUUAAAAGUAUUUUUGUACAAAGCACCUUAAAGUCAUCUGAUCCUUGUGUCUCCAUCUUUCUUGGAACACAAUUCAGAUUUUCAGCAGGGCAAAAACCAGAGUCCAAAUAAUUUAAAGAUUAUUUUAGGUUCCUGAAAAGGAUUAAAUCUGAAUUCUGUUCAGAUUAUAUUAGAUAAUUUUGGCUCUUUUUUUAAAAACCUAUUUCAGUAAAAGUUCAUCUCUGAAGUCGUUGCUCAUACGUUUGAGGAUUUGGAAUAAAGUUUGGGAUAUUUGCACAUUUUAAUUCAAAAUUCAACUGGAAUAAGAAUCACACAAAGAUAAUUUUAGUAAUAAACAAAUAGUUGUACCUUUGAUGUGUUUUAUCUUUAAAUAAAACUCUGCAGACUUUAA